GUCUUUAUACAGUUCUCAGCAAAAAGUUCAAUUUGUUUGGUUCUAAUUUUAAAGUGAAUGCACAUGAUAAUUUGUGCAAAAAAAAAAAGUUUAAUUUUUCUUUCUUCAACACCAUCAUGUAUAGAGAAUUAAAACUUUACGUUACCAAUAGAGUAUAUGUGAUUUCACCUGAAUCAGGUGUCAACUUGAUUGUUCAUCGUGAUACUGGUCUUUUAGAAUUAUCAGAUGCUGUUCCUUCUGCUACUGAGCAAGAAGUUACUUUAGAUAUCUGUGGUGUUUUAGGCUUUAUCAAACUCUUGGCAGGUGACUAUUUGUUAACUAUUACAAAGCGUGAACAAGUUGGUUUUAUUCAAGAUAAAGCUAUUUAUCGUGUUGCUGCUUUUCAGAUUCUUCCUUUACCUCAUAACUUGAACAAUUUGACCGAAGAACAGAGAGCCCAAGAACAAAACUUUGUCAAUUUGUUAGAACAGCACCUCAAGAAUAACACAUUUUACUUUUCUUAUGACUACGAUCUUACUCAAUCUGUUCAGAGACAAGCUCAAUUCAGUCCAGAAAAGUUAUCUGAGCCUUCAUUUAAGCGAGCAGAUGAGCGUUUUUUUUGGAACAAGUUUAUAUGCUCUAAAUUGAUGGAUGCUGAUAUUGAUGCCUCUGAUUUUAUUCUACCUGUCAUGCAAGGAUUUGUUGAAUUAGAGAAUGUUGAGAUAAACAACAAAAAAUUUGUUUGGGGCUUAAUUACGCGUAGAAGUAGACAUCGUCCAGGCACACGUUACUUUUCCCGUGGUAUUGAUGAUCAAGGCCAUGUUUCUAACUUUGUGGAAACCGAGCAAAUUGUCUUGUAUCAACAGUCUGUCUUGUCUUAUGUCCAAACAAGAGGUUCUAUUCCUGUGUAUUGGGCACAAGUCAUCAACCUCAAAUACACACCUCGACUUUGGAUUGGUGAAACCAGAAAGAGUUUGGCCGCUGCCCGUGCUCAUUUUGAUGAACAAAUCCGUAUUUAUGGUCCUCAAAUCUUGGUUAAUUUGAUUAACAAAAAGGGAUAUGAACUUCCUAUGGGACAAGCUUAUGCUCGCACUGUAGAACAACUGAAUGACCCUCGCAUCUAUUAUACACAUUUUGAUUUCCAUUCUGAGUGUUCUAAAAUGCGAUGGCAUCGUAUUCAACUGUUGGUUGAUCAACUCAAAGACAAAUUGGCAGAACAAAGUUAUACUUGUUAUGAUGUUGCUGAUAAGAACUUGAAAAAGACACAGACAUCUGUUGUUCGUUCCAACUGUAUGGACUGUUUGGAUCGUACGAAUGUCGUACAAAGCACACUUGCUAGAUAUGUCUUGACUCUCCAAUUGCGUGAAAUUGGUAUUUUGGAACCUAGUCAGAAACUAGAAGAUCAAGAAAACUUUAUGCACAGCUAUAGAAACGUCUGGGCUGAUAAUGCUGAUGGUGUCAGUUGUGUAUAUUCUGGUACUGGUGCUUUAAAAACUGACUUUACUCGAACUGGUCAACGUACCAAGGCUGGCGCAUUAAAAGACUUGCAAAACUCGAUUACUCGUUAUGUAAAGAACAACUUCUUAGACGGCAAUCGUCAGGAUUCUUUUGAUUUAAUUCUUGGUAAUUUCAAUAUUCAACAAGACCAACCUGCUAGUGCUCAGAAAGCUGCUUAUACUGAAAAGCCUCUUCGUGUUCGUGUUGUCCCUUACAUUUUAGCAUUUGCUCUCUUUAUGCUCUUGACCAACAUUCUCCAUCCAAGUUAUUCCGGCUUCAAGUCAUAUGCUGCUUAUUUCCUCUUGCUUCUCUUUUGGGUUUCUGUUUUGAUCUCAGGUGUUCGUUUUGCCCUUAAACAUGGCGAUGAUUUUGUACAAUGGCCUAGUUUAGUCAAGCUUCCUUCCUAUGAUAAUGUCUUUGAGGUCGGUUACACUGAAAAGGGUAGCAUGGCACCUCCAGAACUUAGUAAAGACGAAUUGCUUUAAAAUAUAUAUAUAUAUAUAUAUAAAAGGAAAUUUUUAUUCUACCAAUUUAAAAGAUUACAAUUGAUAUCAUCUUCUCUUUCUCG